UGAAUGUGCAUUUGAGAGAAGGAACAGGAACAUAAGAUUGCAGAUCACAGGUGAAGGAGUGUAUACGCACAGCACCUCAAACAUGACUAGAUUAUUAUACUUCAUAUGUCUUGUCCUUAAACAGUGUGUGUAUGCUGUGUUUGUACUGCGCGUGUCUCAACCAGAGUCAGCAGUGAGAGUUCAGCCUGGACACUCUACAACUCUUCCGUGCUUCACACCAGAUGAUGGACACUUUAAAGUGUUCUGGUUCAAAAUACAAAACAGUUCUGCUCCAGUUUUUGUGGCUUUGGCUGAAUCAGACAAAACUGCCAUAAUAAUUGGAGACAAAUUUCAGGAUCCCACAAAGUAUACAUUAGGAUGGAACAAGCUCAGCUUCAGUCUCUCAGUACUGAACAUGGAGCAAACAGACAUCGCCGUGUACUACUGUGGGAUUAUUAUUUAUCGAGAGAUGUAUUUUGGAAAUGGAACAAGACUGAUGUUUGAAGAGCAUUUUAACGGGACAGAAAAAAAUGAGGAAAAGGAAGAUGACUGUAGGAAUCAGUUUGUCUUUGUUUGGCCAACACUGAUAACAAUCAUUGUGAUGUCCAUACUUCUCAACAUCAUUCUGUUCUACAUCUUAAAGAAACAUAGAGCAGGCAUUUCACAAACUAACGGCAGUCAAAAUUCAAAAACGGAGGAGAUGAACUAUGUAGCAUUAACAUUUGCUCACAAUCAGAAGAAAAUUAAACAGAGACCGAAAAAAGAUCAAGAGCCCCAGGUAACAUAUGGAGCUGUGAAACAUCAAGAGAAUUAAUGUAUUUGAACCAAUACAUUAAUAACCAAUUCAAAGAAUUUUAUUUUACUAACAAUUAAAAUGCUAAAUGCCAGUUUUGACCUGUAUAAUUUGUGCCGUGAAGUAAAUAUGCUACAGUGUGCAAUGUCAUGCCCCACUGACUGCUUCAAUAAUACAAUAUUUCUGUUGUCUAAUGCAUCAGAAAAUAGUUUUUUUUUUUUUGUUACUAGUUUUUGAUCAAGUUCUUGUGUACUAAUAUUUCACAUGCAUGAAAAACACACAAGA